AUGCCAAAGAUUGUGUUCGAUGGAACAGCAGCCAAAUAUGGCAUGGUGGAUAGCACUACAGUGGUUGUGGAGAGUGACUACUUCGUGGUUGUUAACAUUGAAUUUGUCAAUUCGGCUCCAAUGCUGGAUGCAACGAGAGAUGAACAACAGGUAGUGGCCUUGAGAAUAUCAAGAGAUGUGGCAACGUUCCAUAACUACAAACAUUUGUUCAGAGACUGUUACGUUGAAGGCACCGUUGAUUUCAUCUUUGGAGAUGGCCAAACCCUAUACUUGAACACGACCAUAAAAUCAGUGGCAAAGGGUUUAUCAGUAAUAACAGCACAUGGCAGAGAAGGAGUGAGUCGCGAAAGUGGAUUUGCAUUUGUCCAUUGCAACAUAAUCAGCAGUGGUGACACAUACCUUGGACGUGCGUGGAAGAAUAGCCUUAGGGUUAUAUUUGCUUAUACACACAUGGGUGAACACAUCAACGAUCAAGGAUGGCUUAACGACAUGUUCGGACAAUCUGAUAACAAUCAAAAAAAGGUAUAUUAUGGAGAAUACAAGUACAUGGGGCUAGGUGCUGAUUCCACUAGUCGAGCCAAAUUUGCCAAGAAACUAUCAGAUGAAGAAGUUGAGCCCUUUUUGAGCAUGACUUACCUUGAUGGAAACAAGUGGGUUCUUCCACCUCCCAAGAAUCUUGUGGAGCGAGCCACUGACAACCUAGAUGGACAUACAGAGGGUAACCCGAAGGUUAGGGGGGAGCUUCAGCAGUGUAGAGAAGUUGAAGUAGACGGUGGGUUUGACAGUAUGAGAGUUGGAGCUUAG